AUGAAGGCAACAAUUCUUGCACUGCUGUAUGCUGCCGGUGCAGCCAACGCAGCUACAAUCUCCCGCGAUGAUGCCACGCCCCUCGUCUUCAAGCGCGGCAGCACCUGCACCCCCAAAGCCGGCGGCAGCGAGUCGAUCGACGACGUCCCGGCCAUCCAGGCCGCCAUCGCCAGCUGCCCCUCUGGCACCAUCGUGAUCCCGUCCGGCACGAUCUACCACAUCAACUCGGUCUUCUCCUUCGCCGGCUGCGCCGGCUGCACCCUGCAGGUCGAGGGCACCCUCAAGGUGACGGGCGACACCGACUACUGGCAGGGCCGCAAGGCCAUCUUCCUCCUGGACAAGAUCGCCGGGGCGACCGUCGUCUCGACGACGGGCAGCGGCCUGAUCGACGGCAGCGGCCAGGCCGCCUGGGACCGCUUCGCCCGCGACAAGACGUACCGGCGGCCCACGCUGUUCUACGUGAGCGGCUCGCGCGACGUCGUCGUCGACAACAUGCGGCUGAUCAAUGCGCCCAACGUCUUCCACUCGGCGCGCGACGGCUCGGCCAACGUGCGGUACACGCGCAACACGCUCAGCGCCGUCAGCAGCAGCGGCAACCCGCCCAAGAACACGGACGGGUGGGACAUCGGGGCCGCGAGCCACGUCGCCGUGGAGCGGAGCUCCGUGGUCAACGACGACGACUGCGUCGCCCUCAAGCCCGGGGCCGACUACGUCACCGUCACGGAUAUCACCUGCACCGGCAGCCACGGCAUCUCGGUCGGCAGCCUCGGCGGCGGCGCCGGCAAGACCGACAGCGUGACCAACGUGUACGUCAGCGGCGCGACGAUGGUCGACUCGACCAAGGCCGCGGGGAUCAAACUGUACCCGGGCGGCUCCGCGCACGGGACCUCGGUCGUGAGGAACGUCACGUUUGAGAACUUCGACGUGCAAAACACCGAGUACGCCUUCCAGAUCCAGAGCUGCUACGGCGAGGAUCAGUCUUACUGUGACGCGAACCCCAGCACGGCCCAGCUGUCGCAGGUCAUGGCCAAGGGGUUCAGGGGGGCCACGGCAAAGAAGUACGCGCCUACCGUCGCGAACAUCAACUGCCCGGCGGCCGGGAGCUGCGGCGUCUCCCUGAGCGACUUCACAGUGAAGCCACCCAGCGGGACUGCCAAAUAUUUGUGUUCCAACACGCCGAGUAACCUCGGCGUGGCAUGUUCUGGCAGUGCAAGUGGUUAA